UCUCAAUGUGGGGGCAGGGGGAGGGGCUAAGCCCUCCCCCCAGUUUUGACAGAAACAGACACACCUCACCCCACCCACCCCCAAAAUCGCAGUGGUUCCGCCCGCCCUGAGGAGAGCCGCUACGAGGAUCCGAUACGCCCCCCAUGAAGGGCGAGACCCCCGUCAACAGCACCAUGAGCAUCGGGCAGGCUCGCAAGAUGGUGGAGCAGCUCAAGAUCGAGGCCAGUCUGUGUCGCAUCAAGGUGUCGAAGGCGGCGGCCGAGCUGCUGACGUACUGCGAAGCUCACGCCUGUGAGGACCCUCUGCUCACGCCCGUCCCCACCUCCGAGAACCCCUUCCGCGAGAAGAAGUUCUUCUGCGCCCUCCUCUGAGCCCCACAAGUUAGGGGGCAGCCCCACAAGUUAGGGGGCAGCCCCACAAAUUGGGGGGCAGCCCCACAAAUGAAGGGGGAAC